CUGUGCCACCACUGCAUAAUUGUGGUAUAACACUACUCCCUUCUUCUGUGUUAUAGUUAGGGUCACAUUUAUUCCUGAAGGGGAAUAGCGAUCCAAGAAAACGAACGCACUAAAGGCCUUCAAACAGCCAUUUGCAUGUACCUGACAAAUUUGGUUUAAAAAAUGGAAACAGUUAAACGUUUAUGAUUAGGAAGCUAAGUGUAAAGAGAGCUACGAUGUUUAAUUUUCUUGUCAUUUUCCAGCAUUUCUUCGGGAAUAUGGUGUUUUUCGCUUUGUUUCAUUGUUUUCAACUGGUUGCUCGUUAGAUCAUGUCAAUCUUUUGAAAAUGAAUCCAAGUCUUAUAAAGGAGAGGGAAGCUUUCCUGAAAAGAGCUAUGGCUAUGCCAGUUGUUGAGAAACCAAAAGUAAAUUCAGCAGCAAUCCCCUCCUCCUCGUCAUCCGCCGCCGCCGCCUUAGAAGGAAAUAGCCUUCGUCGACCGCCUCCUUCAGUUGCUUCCUCCUCUUCGUCUUCUUCUGUAUCUACUGAAUUACGAUCUAUUGAUUCAACAAGACCUUCAUUAUUACAAGGAAAAUUUGCUGUGCUAUCCAGGAUUGUAAAAUACAUGAAGCAACGUCAUUUAGAAGGUGAUACACAUCCAUUAUCAGUAGACGAGAUUCUUGAAGAAGCUGUACUGCAUGAUACACCACCAGCAACUAUCCGAUGGUUAGAAGAAGAAGCUCUUCCAAAUAAUCCAAAGAUUCGCGUGACUGAGGAUAGAAAAUUUGUCUUCCGACCUAAAUAUGAUAUACGCACGCGUAAAGAUUUGUAUCAGCUACUUCGUCGUCAAGAGUUAAAAGGGCUAGGUGGGAUUUAUUUGGAUGAUUUAACUGAAUCUAUACCUGAUGUGGAAAAAAUUAUUGCUAGUUUCGGUGAUCAUGUCAUUCGCAUUGUAACACCACAUGAUAAGAAAACUAUUUUAUUUUACAAUGAUAAAUCAUUCGAUUUGAAUGUUGAUGAAGAAUUUAAACAACAAUGGAGAGCAGUAAGCGUCGAGGGGGUGCAUGAAACAAAAAUAGAAGAAUAUUUAAAACGUAAUGGUAUUUCCUCUAUGUCCGGUGAUCGUAAAAGCUUUACACCAGCACAACGCAAGAAACCAGGUCAAAAACGUGUUUCAAAUCGUCCAGUACAUUUUAAAGACAAUGAACACGUCAAUGAUAUUUUAGAGGAUUUUUCAGAGAAAUUAGCUAAAACUUCUUGAUAUUAUUCCUCCACCACCGUCACCAUCUUCUCCUUCUCUGUUUUCUCCGAAUGAGUAAUUGUAAAUACAUUUUCUUGUAUCUGUGUUAGUGUGUGUGUGUGUGUGCGCGUGUACAGUGAUGAGUAACACUCAAGUUUCUUUCUCUUUUUUGUAUAUUGUGAGUUGAUCUCUCCUGUGCACAACUAACUGUGUGUGUGUGUAUGCGCAUGCAUGUGUUUCUGUAUCUAUUUUGUAUGAAGAUUGCCUGCGCGCAUAAACACACAAACACGCACGCAUAUACACACACACCAAAACAUUCUCUGUGUUGUAUGUUUUAGCGCUGAUGUGAUGUGAUAGAAUUAUAAACCUUUGAAUAUAU